GCCGCACCUGCACGACCCGUCCCCGCAAAAAGUGCGCUCCGCGUGUUCCGUACUCCAGCGGCGGCCCGUCCAUACUCGCGUGUAGCCGCACCCGGCUUGGCGCUCUUAAGUUUUGUCGAAAUAAUUCAGUGAAGCAGCCACGAAGGAAGUUUAUCGUUGAUGCAAACAAUUUUUGGAGAAUUGUUGAAAGUGACAAAAGCAGUGAGGUGAAGUGCGUCACAGUUUCACGGAGUUCGAUCUUUUUGGGCGUUCUGUACAAGGAGAGCUAGCGCGGCGCGCACGAGAGGCCGCCUCUAGAAAAAGAGCGCGUCUCGCGCGUUGCACUACUAUUGGAAUAUUUGACGUUGAAGAAAGUGUUAGAAGAACAUUAGAAACGAUAAAGAAUGUAUUCGUCGAGGAAAUAACAACGGUUUGUAAAUGUACGUUAUAAUCUUUAAAGGUGUGAAUUUGUGAGAAUAAUUCGGCCGGUCGAACCGGGAGUGAGAGGAGAAGCUGGCGCGCGCCGAGGCGACCUCGGGAAAAGACCGCGUCUUGCAGGUUCACUGUGAGCUGCGGUAGCUAUUCCGUGAUACAAUUGUCUAAGCUUAUCGACAUUCUUGGAAUUUGUUAUAUGUGUCAUCGUAGGCGAUAAACGAUAAAGAUCCGCGUAAGAUCUAGUGAACGGUCUGUGCACAGUGUCAACGCGUACGAACGUAUACGGGAAACGCAACCGGCGACGAUAUAUCCCGCGUGGUACGUAUACGCACAUAUACAUAUAUACGGUACGCGCGAUACGUACGUGUAACGUGCACAUUCGCAAGGACUGUGGACUCGUGGAAUCGUCGUUUGGUGGUCGCGUGUAUCGAAGUAGCCUGUCGCGAAGCGCGCUUAACAGAGAGAUCCAACACUAUAGAAAAGUUGUCGAGCGCAGUGAGAAAUCUGUGAGAGAGGAAAGGUGUUCGUUGUUCAACGAUUAACGCGUGGCGUAGACAUUCGACAGUCACUUGGCACGUAUGUAUGUAGUGCAAUUAUUUCCUGGCUAUCUCGUCUCGCUAACCGUAAAGAAGGCAUUCGUGAAUGCAUGGAGCGGUUCUUUUUAAGAACAAAACACAACAGACAAAGAACAAGCUGUUUGCAACCAGUACAAAGACAAUUCUCUUUGUUCGAUUCAGUGAUAUAUUUUGAUAACGAUUUGUUCGAAUUUUAAAUCGUGCCUUAACGAUUACCGGAAGGAAGUUACGUACGUGGACACGGAAAGUAUUCUGACGUUGAAGGUGCGUGCAAAGGGUGUGAAAUGCGUCGCGCUGCAGUUCGAUGUUCGAUCCAGCAGCGGCGGACGACCUGACUUUGUCAGAUUGCCUCUCAUCGGUACACCUCUUCUCGGCUUCAGUCCAACAAUGGAUCAGCGCAGCUGCGGUACGCGAUUCGAAAUUCUCUUCCCCGGUACCGGACGAACGAUACAAAGUUGAUCAUUCGUGAGCUCACUCGUGAGCCGCGUUUAAUCGCUCCAGUUGGUGAUUAAUGUUAAACGUUGAGCAGACAUUUCGCGCGUUCUAAAUGCGCCAUAGAUUUUGCACGUUAUUGGUUUGCUUGAUCCGUGCAAUCGAUAAUAUUACAUCACGUUCACGAAUUUCUCUGAUUAUGUUCCUUUUUUAUCCAUAAGCAAUAAUUUUUAAACGAUCAAAAAAUAAAACAAUCGUAGACGCAUUAAUAUAUUACAAGAUAUAUCAUGCUUUUAUUAUGAUACCACUGCUCAAACUUAUUUAUAUGUAUAGAAAACUGAUUUUGCGCUUGUGACGAACUAAUAAGAACAAUUUCUUCUAUAUGAUUGAUUUUUAUAUUGCGUUUAUGCAUUAUUACAAAUGUACUCGAGGGUUCUUGAUGUUCGAAUGACAUAAUGGUAAAUUGAUAUACGACCUUCAAUCGUAAAGAUCACGCUUAUAUUGGAGUGUAAGAAGAAUUUAAGAAAAAGAAUGGAAGGCGAAAGCCUAAUAAAAUAAUACGCAAAACACAGAAAUUUGUCGAUCGUUAUGACAUCACACGUGAAUGGUCCGAGCACUGUAAAAACGUGCAUAAAGUAUCUACGUGAAAAUAAUUUAUACGAAUAUCACUCUCUUCUCAAGUAUUGUAUGAACGUAAAUCGUGAGAUAUCGCAUUGUUGCGAGAAACGUUUUAUCGACGCAUAAUAAUGCAGCAACACCGGGUGGAAACACAAAUACUCCACGAGGAGCAGAUCCUGGAGGCAAUUGAUCAGUUGCGUCGACGUAAAGCACGACCCGAUGCUGAUCGCAUCUGCAACUAUUUACUAAGGAAGUUUUCUGUAGACGCAAGAGAUACCAUUGCUGAUCUUCAUCGAUUAAUUGAAGCAGAAAAGGUCAUUCAGGUUGAUUACAAAGGUAAUACCAGUUAUAGAAACGCAUCAAAAUGGUCACGAUUACAGCUUUACAAAAAUCGACCGGAGGGUUUUGUGAAAGAGAAAUUAAAUUCCGGGAUGGUGGCGGGUGCUGUGGCCGAACUCGUUGUCGAGGAGCCAGAUUACCUUGAUCAAGGUGUACCAGCGUAUAGACUGAUCGAACAGUUACUCGAUGGUGUGUCAAAUCCUACUUCUAGACGUAUGGUAGAAGAUUUUCUCGGUAAAGAAGUGGCCAGUGGUAAUUUGACGCGUCUCUCUAACGGCAAUUACUCGCUGGUGGCGACGUCUGACAUGACAACUACCGUCGAGUCUACGCAUCGAGAAUCUUUCACGCUUGAAAAUGGGAAUGCACGACGCAAAGAAAUACAAACUGUUUCGUCUACUACCGGUGGACUGUAUGAUUUUGAUGAAACCGAAAACUUGACGAUUACCGACUCUAGGUCGAAUACACCGAGAUCUUCGCGUCAGGCAAGCCCAAAAUCUGAUCCACAAGUUAGGAAAGAUGAUUGUUACGAGAUAAUAGUAGGAAGAAACGAAAACGCCGAUUUACUGGUGGAACACGAUUCUAUAAGAGAUCAGGAAUCGUUAGAUCCAUCGCAAAGUUCUCACGAAGGUACGAAAGAAGAAUCCAAAAAUACCGAUAAUCAGACUCAUAACCUCAAAAGGUCGUCGAAAGCUGAGCGUAAACAGCGCCUACUUGUUCGAACUGACGAUCCUAUGGACAUAGAGAUCAAAUUUGAGGAUUAUCGAAAAGACAAUAAAGAAGAAAUACAUUCACAGAAAGAGAAGAGAGAAGAGUCCGGACACCUCAGCGAAGAACGGGAGGAUGAAGAUGCGGGAAGAAGUUCUACUAAUCCUUCACCUACACCAUCUAAUACUAACGUUGGUGGUUUUCGUAGUGCUCGUAGAAAGUUGUCAAAAUGCACAAAAACUAUGUUUCAGAGAGCAAAGAAAGUAUUUGAUCCCUCUGACAAUAAUCUUGUAAAAAGAAAACGUGGAAGGCAACCAGGAUCUCAAAAUAAGUCUUCUAUAUCUCAAGAACCUCAAGAUUCUUCCAAAUCAACUGUCAAAGAAGGACCUUGUAGACAGUGUAGUCUUUGUGCCAAAGAAAAACAAGAAACUUUAGUUGCUUGUCGUGAUUGUACAGUACGAGCACAUCCAAGUUGUAUUUAUAGUCCAGAAGAAAUGAUUCAAAAAGCAGGCAGUAGUUGGCAGUGUGAACGUUGUAAAAGCUGUACAAUAUGUUGUGAAACUUCAGAUGCUGGUCCUUUAGCAACAUGUUUCACAUGUGACGAAGCUUACCAUUAUUAUUGCCAUACACCACGAAUAAUAAUUCCUAAAUCAAACUCAAAAUGGCAAUGUAGUGACUGUACCCAAAAGCAAUAUAAAACAAAUAUAAGCCAACAUAUUAGUCUGGUCACUAAUAGACCUGACACACCAUCAAAUCCACCUGUUUUACCUCCUGUUUUGAGUCCUCAAGUUUCACCUGCCAGAGGUUCUUCUGAUCAAAUGGAAGAUGAUAGUCCUAGAGAUGGAAUUGAUCCGAAUAUACCCGAUGCUUCAGAUUGGACAUCUGAACAGGUGUAUCAAUAUUUUGCAAGACUGUUUCCAAAAGAAGCAGAAGUGUUCAGACAACAGGAUAUUGAUGGCCAUUCUUUACUGCUAAUGAAACGAUCUGAUGUUCUGAGUGGACUGGAUUUGCUUUUAGGUCCAGCAUUAAAAAUAUAUAGGCAUGUAUUAAAGCUUCAGGUUAGAAGAGAUGAUCCAAAACUUUAUUGGCUGUAAAUGUUUAAAAUAUUUAAACUUAAGAUAGUAUUUAAACAAAGUUGAGUGAUAGUGACUGUACAGAUUAUAAUUAAGAGUUGGAAUUAUUUUUUGAAUUCAAGAUACUUUUUCAUAUUGUACAUACCAUGGUUAUCUUGAAUUGAAAAGAUAAUUCUUUAUCAUAAGAGAACUUAAGAAUAUUGACAGAUAGGAUAAACAAUGAUUAAAACCUGAGAAGCCUUGUUUUCUAUACAAAUACUUUUGGACGUAAAAUUUUAAUUAAUAUAGUGGAACGUACUUUUUGGUUUAAUGAUUGUAAUCAGUACUUCUGGAAGGUGCUAAUCUGUAUCUUUAUUACACGUUAACGUUAAAUUACUGUCUCAUAGUGAAAACUAUAUAAAUUGUUCUGUUCUGUUUAAAUAAAAUGAUUCGAAUAUGGAGUA